UGCUUGCCUCUAGCCAAUGUAUAUCCUGAUGCUGAUGGAGCUGCAGUUCCAGCAUUUCCUGAGUUUAUGCUGAAAGAAUUUCAUCAAUGGGACAAUUUUAACCUGGUCUUCAGCCCUCUCCCCCUAAUACAUGGAACCCUGUGGUUUUAAGGCUGCAGCAUUCAGUUAUGCCAGGUCAGAGUAUCACUUUCCAUCAGCUAUAAGCUUGGGAUUUGCAUGAUGCACAACAGAUAACAGCAGGGACACUUCAUCAGCUGCUGUUGUCCCAGCUGUGGAGAGAAAUUAUCGUUCUUCUUCAUUUCCCAUGAGCACCUCGCAGAAGAGAGCUGGGAAUGGGAUCAUUUUUAACAUGUCCUAACUUAAACAAUUAUGAAAUGAACUCUGCUUAAGACGUUUAGACCAACACACGGACUAUUCUCCAUACAGUAAAGAACGGAUCUACAUGACAAAAGUUUAAUUGGUAUAAUGUCACCAUUCUUGGGCUUGGCUGAAGAUCAUACAAUUUGAAAAUGUAGAAGAGAUAUUCUGAAUCCCAACAUUGAAAUUCUACUUGACUACAUUCCAUGGAUUAUAGUGUACUUCCAACCUACCAGUCAGCAUCCUCAGUUCUUUUGGUUUUUAUAAAGUACCUCCCCGUUAUAAUACUGCAAAGAAGUCCUGGAGCUGAGAUGACUGACAUUUCUGUGGAUCUGAAAGCACGUAUGGGCCAGAGCAGUGAUGACUUCUGCAGCAUGGUUUUGUCCCAGUGCAGCCUGCUGUGACUGAAGCAGUAGCAACAUGUUCAGUGUGGAGGACCUCCUGAUUUCUCAUGGCUAUCGACCCCCAAAGAAAAGUUCAAAAGACAAACCCCUGCCUUCCGAUGAGAACAUCUAUACCAGCUGCCUUUGCGAGGUGAGAGAGAACAAGCCUAGCCAUGGCACAGUGAAUGGAUAUGAGACUGACACCGGGGCCUAUUCUGCCAGCAGGCACGCACGCAGUCUGGAGGGCUCCUACAGUGACAGUGAGGGCAGGGAAAGGAGUGCAAGAAGACAGGCUGGUGUCAGCUGCUGUGCUAAUGUGCAGCGUUUGCCCACGUUUGCCACAAAGGAAGGAGGGUUAAACAGUGGUCCUCCACUACCUUGUUCAUCCAGGUCCAAAUCUGGAAAGGAUGUCACAUAUUGGAGACGAAGAGGGCAAGAUUUCAGUGUUUUAUUGGAUUACACAAACCAAGGAGACUCGGGCGGCAAAGGAAAUAAUGUGACAAAAGUUCUACCCAAUCCAAAGGCUGAACAACGAGGGAAAGGUUCGCAGGAUGCUCAACGGAAGAACAUGCAGCAUAAACCAGAAGUAACUAGAAUGAAUGAGCAAAAAAGUUGGAUGUCAGAAGGUCAGAGUGUGACAGUGAAAGGGAUGGUUGAAGGCAAGUGGAGAACGCCAGAGGAUCGUAAGUGCCAGAGCUUGGGGACGGAGGAAUGGAAAGCGUCUUUAGGAAGACAGCUAUCUGAUGGUGAUGGAAGCAGGUUGAAACAGGGCAUACUGCCUCAUGUGGUUGAUGGUAAAGAAUUAAAAAGAGAUGGAUUGCCAUACGUAAAGAAGGGAAAGUCUCAGUCAUUGCCCAGAGUUAUUCCAGAAAGUAAUGGUAAGGAAUUUCAGACUGGUCUAUAUUAUGUAGAUAUGCCUGGGUUUGACAGAAAAAGAGCAGAAAAUCAAUUUUUGAAAGAUGAUCUUGUGUUGCAGGAUAACGGCUCUUAUUGUCAUUCUGAAACAAGUUCCAAAUGGAUAGAAAAUCUUAGUCCAUGUACUCAGUUGCCAAAAGCGAAGUUGACCAGACCACUGAAACCUCCUUCGUACGAACUGUAUCAGCAAAUUAGGAGAAGUUCAGAAAUGAUACCUAAUCUCCAUGUACAUGGGGAAACUGAUGGGCAAGUGGUUUCUUUUGCCAAGGACAGUGAAGCAAGUGUUGAUAGUAACUGCUGCCCUCAAGGUCCUGCUGGUAGCAGCUUAUUACCUCCUGUCUAUGUGCCUCCCCCAUCUUACAAAGCACCACCUCAGCAGAAAACCGAUAAAAAAUGUUUUGAUAAAGUGCCUGCUUGUGAUAGCACAUGUCAGCCCUAUCAGUCAGUGGAUACUGUUACCAAUCAGUCUCACUGGUGUUUAGAUAACCAGGAGAGUGAUCAUGCUCAUCAGAAAGUUAUGUCUCAUGAUAGUGGCACAAAGCAACAUCUGCAAACCAAAAAUGUAAAUGAUGAUAUAGGUAAAAAUAUCCCUCACAAAAGACAGUCGUACAGUUCAUCACAUAAUGGAUAUACAGAUGACCAAAAGGCUUUUGUCAAGUACAUACCAUUUAAUGAUCCUCGAUUAAGACAUAUUACAAUAAUGCCAUCUGAAAAGCAAUGCAUUGAAGCAGAUCAUAAGUACGAAUUGUGGAAUGCAAAAGACAAUGUUGCAGAUGGAAACAAGACAUUCAGACCAUCAGACCAUUGCAGUGCCUUUUCUGUUCCAUCAGGGUCAUAUUAUUCCACUCAGGCAGGCCUGAGGCCUAUUACUGAUACUCUGACUAGCAACAAAUGGUUUGUAGCAUCCAAGCCAGAGUUUGAGAAUGGUACUAAGUCUGGACAUUGUUCUAAGCCGUAUCUGGACAACCAGCUUGAUAGCUCAUUCAAAUGUAAUUCCAGUGUUUUUUCAACUGUAAACCAUCCAGUUGGUUAUCCACAAUCAAAUGCCAAUUCUAAAGCAGAGCCGCAUGUGGUUCAAGACACUGUUGAAACCAUUACCCAGGUAAAGAAGUGGGAACCAGAUUCCCAGAGUUUUGAGGUGCAAGAGAACAAACACUCAAAAAGAAGAAUGACAGAAACAAUAUUUUGUCUUGUUUCAGUGCCAGUUAAAACAUGCGAAGAAGAGUCAAAUGAAGAUGUCUUUGUUAAUGAUGUGAGAAAUGGGAGCAUUGAUAGUGUACUGAAUGAUAGCACUGGAAACUUAACAGAGCAAAGUUUUUUAAGUAUGUCUUCCUCUGACUUGGAAUUACAAGCACUGACAGGAAACAUGAUCUCAGAAAAUGGGUUGAAGCGACCUGAGCCCUGGAAUGAAGUUAGCAAUAGGCAUACGGUUGGCUAUAAUAUUAACCAACACAGAGAAUUAAGAGCUUCUGGCUCUUGGCCAGGUGACCAGUAUAGAGAUCAAGAAACGCAAACAAGCUUCGUUAAAGGUCCCCGUACCACUCGGUCAUUCAGUGGUGCAGUGAAAAAUAUUAGAACAGGUAGCCAGAUUCAAAGUCAGAACUGCUCAGAACCUGAAUCCAGUGCUUUAAUGCAAGGGGAUAAACGGAGUGCAGAAGUUACAGCCAUCAAUGUCCAGAAACAUAAGCUGAGUAACUGUUCAAUAAAUGGUCAGAUGAACUUGUAUCCCUGUACUGGUAGUGCUUUCUCAAGGGCAGCUCCUAAGCAUCAGUUCAAUCACACUAACUCACACCAAAGCCAUGUUCAUGGGGCUUCAAGGUGCUCACAGAAAGAGAGUGGAUGUGGAAAUGUGGAGAGUCAAGGUGAAAAGAGCAGAGUGGUUUCACAGACAUCAUCAGACAAUGGCAGAGAGCCUGUCGGGUUUGGUCAGUUCCUCUUGAAACCCGUAAGCCGCCGUCCUUGGGAUGCAAUUAGUGAAUUAGAAAGUUUCAACAAAGAGAUUCAGGAACAAGAGGAUCGUAAUAUUCAGGAACGGGAGAAGGAAACUGAAGAUGGUGAGUUCAAUGUAAAUAAGUUAAUACACUUCGACAGUCAGACUUACGAAACACAUAAGCAGUGCGAGCCUAAAAAAUCAUCAGUUAAGCUGACAAAGCCCAAAGAAAAGAAGGACAGUGGCAGUGACAAAAGUUGCUCAAAUUACACUAAUAUUACCUCUAAUGUUCAAGUCCAUUCGAAAUGGUCUGCUGACAAUAACAAACCGAGCAGCCAGUCAAUCAACCUAUUCCAAAAGCCCAUUGAUAAAAGGACAACAGAUAACAACAGUAGCACAAUUCGAAAUGUGUUCACAACAAAAAAUGCACAAUUCACUAAAUUAAAAAAUGAAAACAAUUUGGAAGGCACUAAGAGUAAAAGGCAAUGUAUAAACAUCAAUGGAGUUCGAACACCUAUGUGUCAGUUAAUUCAAGGAAGGACAGAAAGCACAAAUGAUCCAGAAACAUUAAACAAACUGGAUGUGCCAGGCAACAAAACUCAGCCAGAUGUAGAAACUGAAUGUGAUGACAGUAUUAGAAAAAUGUUCACACAGUUUGACAAUGAUCAGUGUUACUCAGAACCCAAUCUGAACUCUCCAAACUGCCACAAAAGCACAAAGCCAAAAAUUGAUAACCUGUACGACCUCUUUGAGCAAAAGCCUGUGGAAGGAAUUUCAAAAAAUGAAUCAUUAGCAGAAAGAGCUGCAAGGAUUUUGGGAAUAGAUGUAGCUGGCGAAGCCUUGAUUUCUCUUGAUAAGAAGACAUCACAUCAGAAUGUAGGAGAAAAUGAGCCAAAAUCUCCUGCUGAUGUGGAACUAGGCCAUAAUGGUGACCAUUUUUUGGUGGACAGGAAAGUCACUUCAGUGAAACUGACAGGCCACAUCAAGGAGAAAUCUUUGGACAGUAACAAGCUUUCAGAAUGGAAACAAAGCCCUCUGUAUGGAACCUCAAGUGGAAAUAAUUUACAUGAGAAUAAAUUGCCAGAGCAUCUUGCUGCAAGUAACAAAGAGUUGGGGAAAAGGGCCAUUAUAAACGAGUUCUUUCAUGGACCUUUCAAGGAGUUUUAUAAUUGGACUGAUACAAGUUGCUGUCUGAGCACAGAAAGCAGAGCUGUCUCUCCCCCAGGUGGAGACAGGAAAGAUCAAAGUACUUCAGAGAAGGUUGAAUCAUUGCAAAGCAAAAUCUCAUCAUCUCCCCCAAGCCAAACAGCUCUCGGCCGCCUGGCCAGAAUGAAAGAAGCAGAUUUGGUUUCCCGUGUCAGACGUGUCAGCACCAAAAGUAUGGGUUCUGGUGAUGACUUCGACGGGGAAUCAUGUAGAACAGUGAGGGGUAAAGAAGAAGCAGACUGCAUGUUGACCAUUCAGGAAGAACCCUGCACAACAAGGAAGGGGGCCAUAUCAUUGGAUCAAGAUUUGGAAGCUGUUGCAUCUUCAAUGACAGGUGAUUCUGAGCACAGACAGAUGGCAGAUGUUUAUGAUCCCAGCAAGGUUGAGACUGUGUGAAAAGAAGGAGAGAUGACAAGAGUGAAGAGAUUCUGGGAGAAUGUUAUGGAUUUUACACUGUGAUCUGCUUCACAAGACUCUUUUUUUCAAAUGCAAACUCCUGGACUGCCUUUGCACACACUGUUUAUAUUAAUAAAUACAAUGAUAAAAUGCUGUAUCACUGCCAGGAAGAAAUUAGUCAGGCAUCGAAAUGACUAUUAACCAUCCAGUUUCCGAACUGGAACAGGCAGUGCUGUUCAUUACAAAGAACAGCCUUCUAAAAAUGGUAGCUACAAUACUUGGUGCACAUGGGCACGUGGCACAAAAUCACCUUGAAUUUUCUAUUUAAUUGCCAUCCCAGUUUGAGUCCAGAGAAUGACUGAUAAAAUGCCACAUUGAUGCGGUAAAGAGUUGCUCCUCUGAAGUUGAGUUUGAGGCAGAGUGGAGGAAUUGAAAUCCGCAAUGACUGACCUAUGAAUGCUUGACGCUUACACUGGACAUGCAAAUUUAGGGAGUGUUCGUUUCUCCAGAGGUAACAUCAGCACACAUCUGAUAAGCACAAGAUUAAGAAAAUCAAGCAUUCCACGCCCAGCUCCCACCAAGUCAAUCUGAUAUCAAAUGGCAAUAUGGCUCACAUACAAUAUGUUUUACUGCAUUAGCUUUCACCUUAUCCACGGCAUUUGUAAAUUCACUGAUUUACGACCUAAUUACAAGUAAUUUUUGGGGAGGUGGUGGCCUAGUGGUAUUAUCACUAGACUGUUAAUCCCGAGACCCCGAUAAUGUUCUGGGGACACGGGUUCAAAUCCUGCCCUGGUAGAUGUUGAAGUUUGAAUUCAAUCAAAAAAAAUCUGGAAAUUAAGAGUCUAAUGAUGACCGUGGAUCAAUUAUCGGGGGAAAAAGGUCUGGUUUACUAAUGUCCAUUAGGGAAGGAAACUGCCAUCCUUACCUGAUUUGGCCUACAUGUGACUCCAGACCCACAGCAAUAUGGUUGACUCAUAACUGCCCUCAGGGCAAUUAGGGAUGGGCAAUAAAUGCUGGCCUAGCCAGUGAUGCCCUGAUCCCAUGAAUCAGUAAAGGAAUUAUGUGAAAUAUUUGGUGAAAAACAAACGUUUUGAGAUUAUGGAAUUCCCCCAGCCUAGGUUUUCCAAAAUUGUUAGAAUUUAGACUGGAAUUGUUGGUGGUGAUUUUAAGACAGACUCAAAAAGACAUAGAUUAUGUGAAGAGAGUUUUACCAGAUUAGCUCAUUUGCAUCACUUCAGAUGCAAAUCUAAACUGGUGGAGGAAACUGCCUGGGGAUUGGAAAAAAAUGCCGGUGCAUAAGUGGGGAAUUUAAACUGAUAUGACAAAGUAUAGGGGCCAAAAUUCAGAAAACCUUGACAGAGGAGCCUUUCUCAUGCAUUAAUUGUGCCACCAAAGCAUCUCUGUCAGCAGUUGUUGAUGCCAGGGUCCCAUUGUGAAGGCACAAAUUGCCAGUGUACGCUCAGACUUGUCUCUGGACCCUCAUCCUCUCUCAAGUAAUGGCAGUCAGUAGGGAGAAGUCAUGUGGUGCCAUUAAGAGAAAUCCAUUAACAUUGGUACCAGAAAUGAACAAUGGCUUAAAAACUCGAGAGUUUAAAUGCCUGCAAGCCAUCAAUAAAUAAACGAGUUGAGCAUCAAUGAGUGAAAAUAUUUAUGAAAUAAGACAACUAAAAUUCAUUUGCUACAGACUUUUAACCCAAUCACAUAGUUGAUUCCUUAGAUAUUGGUGAGCUGCUGGUUGACAUGAGUGCUCUUUAGAAUCACUGGUGUUCCCACCUAAAUGUUGGGAAAUACAGUGCAGGUUAGACACCACCAUGUCCCACUCAAUGUGGUUAACUGAAUGAGGAGCCUACUUAUUUGAGGUGGGGCUCCAAAGCUGCUGACCUCCACCCCCCAGCAAUAAAUAAAGCCAAAAAAGACCACAGACAGUACUCAGCAACUAACUUCCCAUUCAUUUCCCAUGACCAGACAACCCAAGUCAUUGCUCCACAUGGCCACGAACAGAAACUCAAAAAUAAUUCACUAUAAUAAUCUAUGAUUCUAUAAUUCUUAUCUUUCCUACCACAAUGCGAAUUUUAUCGAGAUCUAUGCAGAAUUAUGUUUCUCAAAUUAACAUUAAUUUUACAUCCAUAAAAGAACUUCUGAUAUGUAUUUUUUUAUUCGACAUGAAUUUAAAUGAUUCUGACCUAAAUGAGUUGUGUAUCUACAAUAGAUUCAAUAAGCAGUCCACCCUGAAAUUUUGUAAAAAUCAUUUUUUGGAUGUAAUUUUCAGUCGAAAACCUUCCAGAGAUGGACCAUUCCAUCCAAAUUACAUUCACAGUCAGCCACCCAGUGCCAUUACACUGCAAAAAUUGUAGAUGAAUCAAGCUGCCUUUUGUUUUUGUUUUGGAGAACUGGGGACAAGCCACAAAAUAACAGGGAGAGUAACAGUAACUCAGAUCACCAAAUCCAUCAGCACUUUUUGUUUCCUUUCAUGGAGUUCUUUAGAUCUGAGGUUGCUGUGAACUGUUAUUGCAACAACUUGCAAUAAUAUAGCGCCGGUGAUGUAGAAAAACAUCCCGAUGCACUGUAUUGAUUAUUAAACAAAAGUGGAAUGUAACCCUUUAAUUGCUUUUUGGUGCCUUUCCAACUGACUAUAUACUAAUGAAGAAAUAGGCUCGAAGAUUAUUGCUGUAAAUAAAAGUUAUGGAUAUUUAUUUUUAACCUAUACAGUAUUAUUAGAAUGAAAGUAACAGCAAGAUUUUGAAUCUUAAUGAACACAGUGAAGCAAUAGUAGCAGCCUGAGAAUCUGUUGUUAUUGGCUGGUAAAUGAUGUGGAGGUCAAGGUGAGAUAUCCUUUCUUUCCCUAUGUUUCUAAGGGCUUAUUAAGAGUCUGUUCUCACUUACAUGUUAAAUGAAAGCUUACUACCAACUUAGCAGGACAAUGAGUAAUGAGUAAUAAACACUCACCUUACUAGGUAUGCCCAAACCCUGAGAAUUAUUUUUUAAAGAAGUUCAGUCAACAUGCAUGUGACUAGUUUGCCCAGUGUUUGCAUAUAGCCUGUCAAGUAUCAGACUGUAUUUUGUAAAAGAUGCCAAGGGAGCAUGUGCAAAGUAAACUGCUCAGUUAAUACAAGAUAACAAAGUGUGGAGCUGGAUGAACACAG